AUGCAUCUCGCACCGCCGCCGCCCAAUCCUCGCGAGCUACUCCCGCCGUUGCUGGCAUGUCUGCCUACAUCUUUCGUCUCACCACGACCGCCGCCCGCUCUGCUGCCACUGCUGUCCCCACUCCUACGACAGCGAGUUAACUUCCUCAAUGCCUCUGGAACCGAAGGCUGGCUACCUCUACUAUCAUGGGAUCCACAGCGAGCCUCGAAAUUGCCGGACGUGAUCGAACGAAUGGAUUUGGAGCCUCAUCCCGUCUCAGGAGAGCUAGAGCUCGAGGAUCCACGACCUGCAAAGUAUAGAAGAUUGGAUGAAGAGACAUUGCACGCACGCAUCGAGUUGGAGCAAUUUAGUCUCCUGCCGGUGUAUGUAUGGUGCGAAAAAGACGAGCACGGAGGCACCGAUCCUGGCUGGAAGUUGGCAGAUUUGCGUGCAUUGGAUGACGCCGAAGAUGGCAGCGAAUGGUUCAAUUCGCCCUCGGACGCCAACGCGUCUUCUGUGCCGGGCACAGAUGCGUUGGCGAACGGACACUCUGCUCAGGCACCCCAAGCUUCACAACAGGAGGAUGACGACGAUAUGAAUGACGAUUACUGGGCUCAGUACGAUCAGACUCCUAGCCGGACCCCUGCGCCGAAACGCUCGCCUGCUCCGAUGUCCAGCUCUGUCAACCAAUCCUCAAAUCCACGACCGGGAUCUGAGCAGGAGUACUUUGCCCGCUACGGCUCGGAAGUCCAGCCAGCGCUCGAUUCUCACGACCCCGAUGAAGACAGUCAUGAGAUUGGGAGCAGCACGCUGAACGGAGACUCGCUUGUGCAUGCUCAAGGUCCGCAAGCUGGCUCAAGUGGUGAAAUCAAAGCACAGGCAGAUUAUCUCUCUUCCCUGCAGCCACAUGCUGGCUGGCAACAGACGCAGGACGCUGCGGCAUCCGGAGUGAAUGGCAACGAGGAGCUGUCCAUGCCUCGCGCCAUCUCGCCUACUGCAUCAAAUUCUAGCAUCGACCGAUUGGAGGAGCAAGCGGCGGCGAUGAGCACAGACGGAGGUUCGGAUAGAGCCCAGCACGCUAUUCAGCAGCAUAUCAGCACAGACAUCAAAAGUCUGUUCCGCCUUGCCAAAACCUCGGGAAUGGCAAGAUCGGAAUUUGAGCGGAUAGWKCGUACGGAGUUAGACAUGCUAGGCUUAAUGGAGCAAGAUGAAUGA